GAAUAUUAUAGACAGUAGAAAGUUAUAACUGUACGCAUUAGAGCGAUUUCAAAGUAUUCUUUAGGCAACAAAAUGGAAUUCGAAGAACUGGGUAUUGGGGAAGAGUGUGGAGUGUUUGGUUGUGUAGCUGCUGGAGACUGGCCAACUCAGUUAGAUAUUCCACACGUAAUAACUCUUGGGUUGGUGGCACUGCAGCAUAGGGGCCAGGAGAGUGCUGGAAUUGUAACAACAAAUGGAACGCAAUCGCCUACAUUUGCAGUACACAAGGGAAUGGGUUUAGUGAAUAAUGUGUUUCGUGACGAGCACCUGGUAAAGCUCCGCACUGGGAACCUUGGAAUUGGGCACACUCGAUACUCAACUACAGGAUUUUCUGAACUGCAGAACUGUCAACCUUUUGUAGUAGAUACUCUGCAUGGAAAGAUCGCUGUUGCUCAUAAUGGGGAGCUAGUAAAUGCUAAAAAACUACGAAGAAAGGUCAUGCGCCAUGGUGUUGGACUCUCAACUGGCUCUGACAGUGAAGUUAUUACACAAAUGCUGGCUUUUACUCCUCCCUUGGAAGAAGAUGAUUCUCCAGACUGGGUAGCUAGGAUUCAAAACUUAAUGACGGAAACUCCAACCUCCUAUUCUCUCCUUAUCAUGCAUGAUGAUGUUAUAUAUGCUGUACGUGAUCCCUAUGGGAACCGUCCACUCUGCAUUGGGCGCCUUGUACCAGUAAGCAGACUGUAUGGAUCAGGUAUUAUCGUGAAGUCCUUCCAGGAGAAAUUGUACAAAUUUCAAGGCAGGGAAUACAGUCUCUUGCUGUUGUUCCAAGACCAGGGGGAGUUCCACCAGCAUUCUGCAUCUUUGAGUAUGUGUAUUUUGCUAGACCAGAUUCAAUUUUUGAAGGUCAAAUGGUAUAUACUGUAAGAAAGAGUUGUGGUCGUCAGCUAGCAAUAGAAGCCCCUGUGGAGGCUGACUUGGUCAGUACUGUUCCAGAAUCUGCAACUCCAGCAGCACUGGGCUAUGCAGAAAAGUCUGGAUUGCCAUAUGUAGAAGUACUUUGCAAAAAUCGUUAUGUGGGUAGAACUUUUAUUCAACCUAAUACAAGGCUAAGGCAGCUGGGAGUGGCAAAGAAGUUUGGAGUGCUGGCUGACAACUUUGCUGGAAAACGAAUUGUAUUAAUAGAUGAUUCAAUUGUGAGAGGAAACACCAUUUCUCCUAUUAUAAAAAUAUUAAGAGAAGCUGGUGCAAAAGAGGUGCAUAUUCGUGUAGCUUCACCUCCAAUAAGGCAUCCUUGUUACAUGGGAAUAAACAUUCCUACAAAAGAAGAGCUGAUUGCAAAUAAGCUAGAAUUUAAUGAUCUAGCAGGUUAUAUUGGAGCAAACAGUGUGGUUUAUCUCUCUGUUAAUGGGCUAGUGUCAGCUGUGCAGAAUGGUAUCAAAGACAAACAGGAUAAAGAAAGUGUGAAAGAAACGUUGGAUCACCACUUAGUAGUCAACAGAAAAUGUUCCGAAACAUUUGGCCAUUGUACAGCCUGCUUAACUGGAAAAUACCCUGUGAAACUUGAUUGGUGAUUGCCCACAAUGUCUACAGCACUGAGCAGUCCUUAGGGUAAUCAUGCAGUCAGUUUCUGGACUGUAACUGCUUGUUUAUCACCUGGUAAUUGGCUGAUAUCAUCAGCUUCCCCUCGAACUAAGUUGAUAAACCCAGUACUUCUGCCUUAACACUCAGAGUUGCAACUAUGAGAGAGAGAGAACGAGAUUGAGAUCUGUUUGCAAAAUGCCAGUUUCUGACAGACCUACUGGUGUGCAAGAAAUGUGUCUGAAUUUUGUACUCUAAUGUACACCUGAUGGAGGUGACUGUAGGAGUCCAGAAUAAAUUGUUACUUUCUACAGACCCUGUUGUCUUUUUUAGGAAGAAUGAUAUUAAUUCUCAAGUUACUUUGGUAGAAGGAUUUGACCAGUAUUUCUUUUAUGUAUCACAACUGAGCAUUUUUAACCAACAGACUUAUGUAUUUUUCUAAAACAUGAUCAACAACCUGACAUUAUUGCAUACAUUUUGUAUAAGGAGCUGGAUCUUCAUGAACAGGACGGCUCUCUGUCAGGUUCAAGUCUGUUGAAGAAUACUGUGGAAGCUUCAUUUUACCAUUUGCUUUUUUAAAUAUGGAUAUGGAGAAUUUUUUGUUUGUUUGUUUCAUGGACUUUAUUUUGUAAUAUUUGGUAAUAACGUGUGAUACUGAAAAAAAAAUCAGUAAAUAUUUUGAAAUAAACUGUAGCACUGAAAAAGAUCAGUAAAUGUUUGUGAUAACAUUUUUCCAUAAACAUUUGAAAUUAUUUUUUACCUCA